AUGAGCUUUGAAUUACAGAUUUUAAACGAUGUUCUGGAUUGGGCUCGAGCACCUGGUGGACCAGCUGGGGAUUACAUUCAUCCUUCCCAUGUAAGUCUCUGGUCGUAUCCUCGAGAAAAGGCGUUUCAGGUUCACGAAGGAAAUAACAACCCAUCUAGUGCGCGCUACGGCUUUGAUUCGCCGUAUGGAGGACUUGUGACACUUGAAAGCCUUUACAAAGAGAGAGUUGACAGCUCUGGCAAAAACUACAAAAUCGAAAGUGGCACAAGCGUUGAAAAUUUCACAAGGAAGAGAAAGUUCGAAGCCAGCGCGGAGGACGAUUUCUUUCAUCUGCAAAAAGAUAUUGGCGUGAGAGAGAGAAGUUUCAAGAAACCCCGGGGAUAUGCUUGCAAAAAUUGUUGUAUGUACAGUCACAUAUAG